AACAAAGCAGACGAGAAAAAAGUUUUCUAGUGGAAAUAUGUUUUAUCUACAAAUAUGUGACCUUUGGAUGUAGAUAAUCAUUUUUGGUGUUUAACUAUGCAUCUUACAUGUAUGAUAAAUGGAUAUAUUGUGAUAUUACUGACCAUUGUUUUGGAAUUAGUUCACAAAGCCGAUGCAGGCGAGUUACGGGACCUGAUGCACCGAUGUCCUGACGGAUCAUUCGGAUACAAAUGCAAAUUCCGGUGCCGUUGUCGCGAUGAUGAGCCAUGUGACAAGUUCUCCGGAAGUUGCUACAACGGCUGCGCACCGGGCUUCUGGGGGCCAGGAUGUCAGCUUUCAAACAUGUGUUUCUACAACGGCCAGCCGCACCACUACGCCGGCCGCGUAAACUCCACCAAGAAUCUGUUUGCAUGUCAACGCUGGGACGCCCAGAUUCCGCACCGUCACUCAUAUGGCGCUGUGGACUUUCCUGAUGGCUUGGUUCCGGAGAACUUCUGUCGGACCACAAAAGACUCUUCCAAACCCUGGUGCUACACGACAGACCACAGAAAGCGCUGGGAUAACUGUCAAGUGAACAACUGCAAUUGUCCGGCGGGUCGGUUCGGGGACAACUGUGAGCGCGAGUGCCACUGUCGGGACCAAGGGGAGCGGUGUGACUCCAUAAUGGGCAUCUGCAAAACCAAGUGCGGCCCGGGUUGGACGGGCUUCGACUGUCAAACACCCCAGUCCUGCCCUGGCAAUCUGUUCGGUUGGGAAUGCAGUGAACAGUGUUACUGUCAGGAUCCGCUACACUGUGAUCGGUUUACAGGACCAACCGAUAGGUGUCGCUGCCGCCAGGGAUAUUUCAACGCUCCUUACUGCGAACCAGUGACGCCCCCGCGAAUCCUAGGUUUCACCAACGAACAGGUUAACCAAGGACAAUCUUCGGUGUUCAACUGCUCCGUAGCGGCCUUCCCCACCCCCCGGGACGACGAAAUCCGCCUCGUGACACCCUCGGGAAAACAUGUGACGCUCAUACAGUCUAACGUACACGAUGGCUACACGCGGUCUAGUCUUUUUCUGGUGACGGACGUACAGGCGGACGAACGGUUCAGCUGUGUGGUGCGGGCGGUGGCCGGGGAGACGUCCAUUACCCGGGCAGCUGACUUGUUUCGCCGUCCAAUGCUGAUAAGCCCACCAACCGUGCUGAAGGAGGAGAUAGGCGCAACGGAAGUUCCUCUUACGUGGCCGCCCUGGAGCCGCCACCGCGGGGACUCGGGCGACGGGCCGGUCAUGUGGUAUAGCGUUUUCGCUAAGGGCGGCGAAGAAACGGAAUUCCGUAUGGCUAGUGUUGUACCGGAAGUGAAGUGUCACGAGAACACGAUGUGUAAUUACACUUUACUUGACCUCACACCGAACACCAAUUACGUCAUUUACGUGAGCGUCCGGCGUCAAGGUGACACAACUGACGGUCCGGCAAGCCCAAUGGCGAACGUGAAAACGAAGUGCGCAGAGCCGACGGAGGGUCCUACGAUCAUAUCUGUGGACGGCGGUUACCAGGUGAACAAGACCUACCCUCUUACCCGGCUGCUUGUCGAGUGGCAGGACUCGCUGGCGGUCACGUGGGGAUGUGACAACAUCCGCCGAUACCAGAUUCUUGUAUCCAGCGGCGACGAGCCGUCAACGUUAGUAACGCACGUCGCGGGACGCGCGCACAAGGAGUUUUACAUUAGGGAUCUUGAACCGGGUACCAGCUACUGUGUAAGGGUCAAGUAUGAGAACAAUGGCGGUCACUUCAGCCCGGCUUCACCAAUGAAAUGUGUCACCACGCCUGCCACAGUGUUGUCGGCACCGAGGAACCUCCGGAUGACGCGGCGAACCAGCGAGUCGUUGACCUUUACCUGGGAGCGACCGCAGGACACCCGCGUUAACUUGACCACCUACACGAUCAUCUACUGGAAGGGAUUCGUCAGGGAACUCUCAACAAAGAAAGGGCUCGAAUGGGAGUCGGCCGAGGCGGAAGUAGAAUACACACUUGGCGGCCUGGAGGCGGAUACGAGUUAUAACAUCCAGAUUCAGGCCGUCAACAGUGCGGGGGCAGGGGAGUACAGUACCAUACUGACCACAUCAACUGGAAGAGAACGGCCGGGGAUGGUGACGCGUUUUCGGAACAUCUCGCGCACUCUGACGUCAGUGAUGCUCAAGUGGGACGAACCUGAAGACUCCGCCGUACAGAUUCUCUUCUAUUAUGUUCACUGUGUGAACGUCCGGAAGCUGCUGGCGCCGGACACGGAGCCGUUCCGGAUCCCUAGCAAGAUGACGUCAUUCAACUACACGGGGCUGCGGCCUUCCCUACAAUACAAGUGCACGAUCAACGCGAGCACGAGCACCGGAACUGGCCCCACCUCCUACCUCCUCAUGUGGACCCUGUCUGUCGACCCGAGCGAUCCGCCCGCCCCCACGAUCCUUGGCCGAUCCGAGACCACCGUCACCUUGGAGAUAAAACCCCACGAUGACGAGACUGUCAGUUAUUAUAGAAUAAUCGUCGAAAGCCUCUCGGAGCGGUCACGACGGAGCGUCCAGGACGAUGACGUCACGAGUACAUCUGUGGACUAUUACACGGCGACGCGCGAAGGCCUGUCGAUGUACGUCGCCGCUCAGCUGACGGAUACAGCGGUCGUCGGCACGUUUGUCGUCGGCGAUAACCGGACGUAUGGCGGAUUUACGAAUGUCCCUCUUGAGAGUGAUGUUGAAUACGAUAUCUGGCUGUGUGCGUUCGCGGAGACGGACACGGGUAUUCGGAAAUCUACCACUAAAGCAGUUAAAGGUGCAGUAGAACGCGGUGUACCGACGGCAGCACCCACGUCAAACCACGUUCCAGUGAUCGUCGGCGUUCUUAUCGUGUUUAUCGUGAUGAUCCUUGUGGUGGCGUUGCUACUCUUUGUCUGGAGGAAAAAGAAACUGCAGUCAGAACGAGAGAAAGCGGAGAUGCCUAAUUUCGGGCCGACAAUCAUACCGGAACCAGAACUUACGCCGCCCUCUACGCCUAUAGAUACGAUGGAUGUGGAUCCGCUUCUAGGGGCAGCACGGAGCGGCGGCGGCGGUCACGUGUCGGACACAGAUUCGGAGCCGGUGUACGGUAACAUCGGGUUCGAGAUACUUUCGGUACGUGUGGAGGACCUGUGGGACUAUGUGAAGAACAACAAGUGUAACGACUGUGAGGGAUUCAAGCGGGAAUAUAAGUUAAUUCCAUGUGGCGUCACGGCCUUGUGUGAGGCGGCGAGAAAAGACGAGAAUAAAAGCAAAAACAGAUACGGAAAUAUCGUUGCAUAUGACCAUACGAGAGUAGUUCUACACGAUAUUGAAGAAAAACACGAAGACUAUAUCAAUGCAAACUAUAUUGACGGAUAUUCAAAAGAAGCCGCUUACAUAGCAGCACAGGGUCCUACUAAGGAGACGUUAAAGGACAUAUGGCGGAUGGUGUGGCAGGAGAAAUCCCGGACCAUUAUUAUGCUGACCAAUCCCACAGAGACGGGAAAGAAAAAGUGCGAGUCUUACUGGCCAAAUGACGAUACAGAAAACUACCAUGAUAUUACAGUGGAACACAUGAGCACUUAUCAUCUCCCAGACUUCACAACCAGGACAUUCAAACUCACAAAGGAAAAGGAGGUCCGGUUGGUCAAGCAGUUCCAUUAUACAGCGUGGCCCGACCACGGAGUGCCGGCCUUCAGCAACUCCCUGCUGCUUCUCCGGCAGAAGAUAAGAUCUCAUGACAAUCUGGAGGCCGGGCCUCAGGUCAUACAUUGCAGUGCGGGGGUGGGGCGAACGGGUUCCUAUAUUGCCAUAGACGUCGAGCUCGAGCGAGCCAAGACGGAGGGCAAGGUGGAUGUUCACAACUUUGUGCAGCUUAUGAGGACGCAGAGGAUCAACAUGGUUCAAACUCUGGACCAAUACAUAUUUGUAUACGACUGCCUGUUAGAGGCCCUGAUCAGCGGCGACACUCUCAUGCUUGCUACCGAGUACAAGGAGUUGCUGGCGGACAUGUGUCAGUUUGACAACAACAUCCAGAAAACUCGACUAGAGGAGCAGUUUGAUAUUCUGCGCCUAAUCACGACUUCGUUGGAAAGGAAGGACAGUACAGUGGCGAACAAGCCAGAAAACAUGUUCAAGAACAGAUGUAAAAACAUCUUGCCCGCGAACCGGUACCGGCCAUUUUUAAUGACGCCGUACGAGGGAUGCAAUGACUAUAUCAACGCAGUAUUCACAAAUAGCUACACGUUACGUGACGGGUUCAUCCUGACACAGAUGCCCCUACCUAACACCGUAAUCGACUUCUGGAGGCUCGUGUACGACCAUUGCGUCUCUGCAAUCGUGAUGCUCAACGACCUUGAACCGCAGGAUGAGACUGUAUGUCAGUAUUGGAGUCUCUCCUCAACGGGCGAAAAGUACGGCCCAUUCAUCGUGGAGACGACCGCCGAGAUCAUCUCCGACCCCAGCAUCACAAUCCGAGAUUUCACCAUCACCAACACAUAUCUUCCCCAAGUGGUGCCAAAGGUCGUCAGGCAGUUCCAGUUUCACCGAUGGAGUUCCGGUUCGCCGGUUCCCAGCUCUAAACUAGCGUUGUUUGAGCUCAUAGACAUGGUGGACAAGAGUCAGAAGCAGGCCGGGGACCAACCUGUUCUUGUACACUGCAUGAACGGAGCCAGCCGUAGUGGCUUGUACGUUGCCGUUAGCGUUCUGGUGGAACGUUUAAAACUGGAGAAGGAGAUAGACGUCUUUCAGACGGUAAAACAACUGCGUCAGUGUAGGCCACAUCUCGUCGAUAACCUAGAACAGUAUCGGUAUUGCCACGAGAUCGUGUUGGACUAUAUUAACAAAGACAAUGCUGACACACCCAGCAUCGUGGCACCCACGCUGAUUAAUGAGACUCUUGACAGUGAAAUGGAGGCGGUGUGAAGGCAAUACGCCGAAACUGAGGUUGACUAGUAAAUCCUGGAACAAUUUAUAUUUGGUUGCACAAAUAGUCUACAGUGGAACCCCGUUGACUCGAACUCCCAGGGACCGUCGAAAAUACAUCGAGACUCGGAAAUUUCGAGCCAAGCUAAAAUUACUAUCUUAAGUUUAAAGAAAUCGGCCAUUUACAGCCAAUUCGAGCCAUCGAAGAAUUCGAGCCAAGCGACUUCGAGCCAACGGGGUUCGACUGUUGUUUCAUCAUACGAUCAUAUCCACUUCCAUGCUGUGCUAUGAUUCUCAGAUGGUGAAUAGAAUCAAAAUUAGUAUUAAAAUAUUUAGAAUUUGUUUUUUUGCAUGUUCCUGAAAGCAUAUAAUCAGUUAUUGAUAAAAAAGAUAUUUCAUUUUGAUUUUGUACCAGAGUGCUUCGUUGAACUGAUAGAAAGUUAUGAACCUUAUAAUCAGUGUAAACCUAUUGUGAGAAUGUAGGACAAAAGAUCCCAUGUAUAAAAACACCCAUGUCUUUAUUGACUAGGUGGACACAAGCUCCCACAUUAAGGAAAACAAAACAAGUAUUAAUUUCCUUUACGAAAGUCAACAAAAAAAACGACGUUUGUUUAGAUGAAAUGUCAAAACACAAUGUAUGUUGCUGUUUGUCUUCCUUAAUCCAUUAAAGUGACACUCUUUUUCAAAAUCAAUACAUACACAUAUAUUACAAACAUAUAUUUUAAAUGAUAAAACUUUAACUUCUUACUUAAUAAUGCAUUAAAGGAUAAUAAUAAUUUCUCAUAACAGGAUUGUAACCGUGUAUUUGAUAGCUGGAAACACAUAAAUAUUAAAUGAUUGGUGAGUGCUAAAAUAUUUACUGCGAUAUACUACCAUACCAUAAGGUAGAAAUACCGUGUUUUCUGCACCAACCUUUCAAAUUAAACUCGGUAUAAUUAUUAAGAACCAAUGUUUUCAACAUUUAUACACCCUUUUUGGUAUAUUUAAGCAAUUAAUUGUGGUAAAUCUUAUUUGGGAGUAAGAGUGCAUCUUGAAGAAUCACCUGUUUUAUACAAGUUUAACGAGUUAUUAUUAUUGAUAUAACUUUCCUCUCAUUAAAUGAAAUGCAAACUUGUUCUAAUAAGCAGCAUAGGAGAUAAAAUAGGGUUAUUAGUACUACGUAUUGAUCCGGGAGGUUGUAUUCGACUCCAGUGGAUUUUUGCAGAAUCGGAUUUCAAGAGGCGCAAGCCGAGUGAAAUCAAAAUCUGCAAAAAUCCACGAGAGUUUAAUGUGACAUUCCGGAUCAAAACGCGGUACUAAUAACCCUUUUAAUAUAUACUUUACUUGUUAGAUCACUUAAAAGCCACAUGUUUUCAUAAUAAAAGUCAUUUAAACGAAGCACUAUUUUGUUUUAUGACGUCAUUUAAACAUCGCGCAACGAUACUUGUUAUGACGUGACGUCACGAGAGUGGAAUACGGCCGUAUUGCACUGGAGUGGAAUACGGACUAAUGUUUUUGCGACAUGAAUUGAGUGUGGAUUUAUGAUGGGUAUAUAAUACAAAUGAUCAUAGUCAUUAUAAAUGCACAGGUUUAUACUUUGAUUUGGGUCAUUUACGAAGAUAAUUUUGUUACGUCGUAAAUCAUUUUUGUGACCUUUAGUUAUAUGAUAUUAGAUAUUUUAUCUAAAUUAAAAACAAAUGUGACUCAAAUUAGCUGAGUUGUCAUUUUCACUAACAAUAUUUCCAAACAAGCUUGAAACCAAUUGUAUAUUAUGCUUCAGAUUUAAAACUUUUCGCACAUGAAGGAGACAUAUUUCAAAAUAAAAAUAAAUCGCAAAAUAUCGUCAAUAUUCAUGUAAUAUACACUUACAGUCAUAAUGAUAGUUAUUGUUUUAAGACUAACGGAAGAUAUACGUAUAUUAUGUACGGUUACAUUAAGGCAUUUGGAAGGUUAAAAUAGUCUUCUGAAAGGUCACUUUGUUAUCGAAAUAUUGCAAAACCAAUGCAUAAUUUGAGCAGCAUUAAGGGAAAAUGUCCGUAUUUGGGAUUUCCUUAAUUGUCUUAACUUUCUCUCAGUUAUAAGAUAUUAUUUUGUGUAAAAUAUAUAGAAAAGAGCGUAAAUACACUACUGCUGAUAAGUGCCGAUUGUCUGCGGUCGUGGCGGAUAGCAAAGGGCAACUGAUAAGCCCCGCCUAAUCUGGACGCGCGUUUAGGUCAGUCGGGUAUCGACCGGCUAGUUCGACUGACAGGCCACGUCAUCUUUAUUAACAGAACACUUGACCAAACAUAGUGUUGCUUAUUGUUUUGAUUUAUAUUUGCGUGAAGUUUAAGUUUUCGUACUGCUUUUUUCAAGUGAGAUAUUUCUAAAACCAACUGGUAAAUUUUAAUACAAAUAAUGCGUAUGAAGUUUAAAUACCACUCCAUAACACAUUGCGGAGAAAGACAUUGAAAGAUGUAACAUCCUUUUCUAAGUACUUUAAAAGUUUAUUUGUUUGGUUUCUGUAAAUGAACCAUAGAUGUUAAGUAAUUUAAGUAGAAUGUGCUUGUAUGAAAUUGUUAUUAAUUUGUUGGUAAACGCUUAAUGAAUGUUAUAUAUCACGUAUUGUUCAUAUGUUAUUUAUUCAUCGAUGUAAAUGUACUUUUGUCACAUCCCUUGUCGGUUUUCAUACAUUUACUUACAAUAAAGUGCUAUGCAAGACAAA